AUGAAGUUCUUCUCUAUCCUCUUCCUCGGCUUCGCUGCCAUCACCGCGGCUACCAAGACUGAAAAGCCAACCAAGCCACAUGAUCCUCUCGCGAACGCCGUCAAGGUCCCAUGGGAGCGUCUUGAGAUCGAUAAGGCCGUUCUCCUCAUCCUCGAUCUCCAAGUUGGACUUUUCCAGCUCGCUCGUGACUUCGAUCACACUCUCUACUACCGCAACAUGAUGGCCCACGCUGCUCUCGGCAAGAUCUUUGAUAUCCCAGUUGUUAUGACCACCUCUGCUCAACAGGGACCAAAUGGACCAUUGCCAAAGGAGAUCUUGGAGAUGUACCCCGAUGCUCCAUUAAUUCAGAGGAACGGACAAGUUAGCGCUUGGGAUAAUGCCGACUUCAGGGCCGCUAUCAAGGCUACCAACCGUACUCAGGUCAUUGUUGGUGGUAUCGUCACGGAUGUUUGCACGACAUUCCUUUCUCUUGCUCUCCGUCAAGAAGGAUACAGCGUCUGGGCUAACGUUGAGGCUUCCGGAACCACCACUCCAUUGAUCCGUGACAUCAGCAACGAUCAAAUGCGUAACGCCGGUGUUAACAUCGUCUCGCUCUUCUACAUCGUCUGCGAUUUGAUGAAGAACUGGAACUUCAACCCUGGUGCUUCUACAAUCUUGCCGUGGUUGGAUCAGUACUACCCUGUCUACGGUCAGCUCGCUCGUGGUCACGCCGCGGCUAUUGAGAAUGGAACCAUCAUCCCCGGAGAGAUUGAAUUGAUCACCGGAGCCGAUGGCAACAUCAAGUUGGACUAA